AUGAUGUCACCACCAACAUCAGAAGGCAGGGCAUGUGUUCUGCAAAUACAUAGAUAUGAGAGAGAGAGAGAGAGAGGGGGCAAGCAAGAAGAAGAAGAAACAGAAGUGAGAGGAAAGUGUUCAAAGUGUCUACUAGACAGUUUUUUUUUUAAAGGAGGUGCUAUAUUGUGUCAGACACUUGUUCACUCUAUAGCCAUUCAGACAAAGACAGAGAAGGGGAACAUGCACAAUAACCCAAGGUACACAUACCCUCCAGUGUUCACAGUUGAUGCUGGCAGAGGCUUUCCUCAUCAGACCCAGGCAGCAGGCACUGAACCUGGCCUGGUCCCAUGCUGGACAUUUCCUUCUGCACAAGUCCGAGCCAAGAAAAGUGGCUGUGGAGGAAAGGGAUCUGUAGGAUGUCUACUGAUUAUGGUCCUCCUGACAGUGUUUGCUGCUCUGGGACUUGGAGCCUAUCAGAUCAAUAAGUUGCAGACAGAGCUAAUAGGUCUGAAACAGGAAAUACACCCACAGACUGACAGCAGUACACCACAGAGGCUAGUCGUUGCAGUGCCUGAACCUGAAGCUGUCAUGAAGCCCAAGCAUGCACCAGCUGCACAUCUGACAGGAAAAGUGCAAGACGGUAAUGUGAAGACCCUGAAGUGGGAGUCGAGGCACGGCCGUGCUUUCACAAAUGGCAUCCUGUACCGCGACGGUGGUUUACAGGUGAAUGAGACGGGCCACUACUUCAUCUAUUCACACGUGGAGUUCCUAUCCAAAGGCUGCAAACAAAGGGACUCCCUGGCCCACAUAGUGUACAUAAAGAGAGGAGAACGGCUGCUAAGACUCAUGAGUGAUCAUCGAGAAGGCUUUUGCCAAGUUGGAAGCAGGGAAAUGUGGACAGACGGAAGUAGCCUUGGCUCAAUGCAUCAGCUCGAGCAGAAUGACUGGGUGUUUGUCAACGUAUCCGAGCCAACCCGGCUCACGUCUGACUACCACAGCAAUUACUUUGGCCUUUUUAAACUCCCAUAAACACCUCAAAUGUUUGGCAGGCCAGUGUUCGGAGGAAAUUGGAAAAGUGCAUUGGAAAGGCCAAUUUGGUCUUUGUGUAGGAAGAAGUAUUUGGUAUCAUCUAAGGAUGUUUGGCUGUUCCCUAUAUAAACAAUAAGCCAUUUUUUAUUGUUUUCCGAACACUAACAUUCUCCUAUAUGGAGUGAAUUUGCAGUAGUCUUAUUUAUUUACAGAUAUUUCUAUGUAUGUAUUUACCUGUAGUGUUGUCUAAAUUGUAUAUCCAUUUAAAUUAUGGUCAUAUUGACCAUAAAUGUUUAAUAAUAUAAAUUCCGAAGUGAAAUAAAUUAUUCUUAUUGUUCAAGGCCUUUGUUUAAUAAAUAUAUAUUGAACAAAUAUAAAGAAAUGACUACUUCAAUGUCCGACCAAAAACAGUUCAUGUAAUUACCAUGAUAUCACACAGAUGUUGAUGGCAGAGGAAACAGUGGGCUGGUACUGGGAGAGAUGGAGGAAAAUAUGCUAAGCAUUACAAUUAACAUAGUUUCCAGGGCUGUGUUUAUACUGACCAUAUUAUUAACAUUUUGUUGCAAUGAGUCAUAACUUGUUACCUUUACCAAUAUUAUCAGUUUUCAAAUGUGUGAAGGAUUUCAACUUUCAGCAAAGAGAUGCAGCAUGUACAGUGUUGCAUACUGAGGUUUUGAAUAGCUUCUUUUGGCCCAAGAGGCAGCUCUGCAAUGUUGCAGUUUCAUUCCUCAUCAUUUCUGCAAAGACCCUAACACUGGCUUCUUCGCAAAGCCACAGAUACACACAUACUCUUGCUUUUUGUAACACACACACACACACGCACCGAACACUGCGUCUUUUUCAGUUUCCUUCCUGUGUUAUAAUUCUGGUUCAUCAGCUAAAGGUAAAUUAUCUGUAAAAAGAAGACAUCAAUUUGUAAAAUGUAAUAUGUAUUUAUCUUGUUUUGGUUUACAAUAAGACAAUAAGCUGUGUGUGAAAAAAUAUGUUCGUGUGUUAUUACAACCACUUUGGCAGUGUAAAGUGCAAGCGAGGUACGGUGCACGUCUGUGAAAGAUUUGAUUUGUGCGAGGCGAAGUACUGUAGUGUAUGAAGGAGUGUUUUAGAGGUGAAUCAAUCAAUAACAGCGUGUGUAAUGUUAGAUAUACUGUACAGUGGAUAUUA